ACUCGAGGAAUCACAUUUGGCGCGAUUUUCAGCGGUUUCGGGAAAGCAACCAACGACGGUGGUUCUUCUUCAGCGUGUUUUGCCACCGUGCCCGGACUCCCGGAAGAUCGUCCCUCCUGACGAUAAGAGCUUGCGAAGAGCUCCUCCGCCCUCCCAUCUUCUUCCUCUCGCCCUCUCCGACUGUCCGCGCCGUUUCGCGUUCCGGAAGUGGUGGACAAGGAGCUAAUGCGCGCGGUUUGGUACGAGUCCUACGGCGGAGGAGCCGCCGGUCUCAAGCAUGUAAAAAUUCCGGUUCCUGAGCCAAAGAAUGAUAAGGUUUUGCUGAAACUGGAAGCGGUUUCUAUAAAUCCAGUCGAUUGGAAAAUACAGAGUGGAAUGCUAAGACCCUUUCUUCCUCCAAAGUUCCCUUACGUACCUGCCUGCGAUGUGGCGGGAGAGGUGGUUGAGGUUGGUCCUGGAGUUAAAAAAUUUAAAGCUGGCGACAAAGUUGUAGCCUACCUCAGUAUUAGUAACGGUGGUGGAUUUGCCGAGUUCGCAGUCGCAAAUGAGAGCCUGACAGUGGCAAGGCCACCUGAAGUAUCCGCACCAGAAGGGGCAGGGUUACCCGUAGCUGGACUCACUGCUCUCCAGGCCCUCACCCAAGCUGCUGGGCUAAGGCUGAACGGGAGAGGGCCACUGAAGAAUAUCCUGAUUACCGCUGCCUCAGGCGGCGUUGGCCACUAUGCGGUUCAACUUGCGAAGCUAGGAAACACACACGUGACUGCAACUUGUGGGGCUCGCAACAUCAACUCCGUCAAGAGCCUCGGUGCUGAUGAGGUCCUUGACUACAAGACCCCUGAGGGAUCCGCCUUGAAAAGCCCAUCCGGCAAGAAGUAUGACUUCGUGGUCCACUGCGCACGUGCUUUCCCCUGGUCAGUUUUCGAGCCAAACUUGAGCGAAUGCGGCAAAGUGAUAGAUAUCACCCCAAGCAUCAGCACAAUGACGACUUUCGCUCUCAAGAAACUCACCUUUUCCAAGAAGCAGCUCACGCCUUUGUUAUUAACACCCAAGGGCGAGAAUCUGGAAUUCCUGGUUAAGCUGGUUAAGGAAGGGAAGCUCAAGACCAUCAUCGACUUGAAGCAUCCGCUGAGCAAAGCUGAGGAUGCUUGGGCGAAGUCUAUAAGUGGUCACGCCACUGGUAAGAUCAUUGUAGAGCCAUAGGCACUAAUUGCUGGUAUUGUCUAUGAUAGUGAUUUUCUUCUUGCUGAGAAUGUUAUUGAACGUUCUGCUCAUUUUCAUCUUUUAGAAAGAUUUCUGGAAAGCGUGAUAUCGCUUUGAACGGAGCGAUGUACAUUGUAAUGAAAUGCUUAUGAAUGUGUUCUUCUCUUCGAAUCAUUUCUCCUUUGCCACU